AUGUCCAAUUCAACUUCAGAAACUGUAUCCUAUUUCAUUCUUGGAGCUUAUUUGAAUGUUGGAUAUUUGAAGUACUUGUGUUUCAUGAUAACUGCCAUGUUGUACAUUGUGAUUGUUGUUGCCAACACGUCUCUGAUUGUGGUUAUCUGUGUGAACAGGAGCUUACAUGAACCUAUGUACCUUUUUCUGUGCAGCCUGUUUGUAAAUGAACUGUAUGGUAGUACAGGGCUGUUUCCAUUCCUUCUGGUUCAGAUCCUCUCUGACAUUCACACUGUUUCUGCUCCGCUCUGCUUCCUGCAGAUUUUCUGCUUGCAUACAUAUGGAGGUAUUGAGUUUUACAAUUUAACCGUCAUGUCUUAUGACAGAUAUCUUGCUAUCUGUUAUCCUCUGCAAUAUAACACACGUAUGACUUCUCACAAGGCGCUUAUCUUCAUUAUUCUGGUUUGGUUGUACUCUUUUGUAAAGUUCCCGACAACGUUAUAUUUAAGCAUCCGUUUGACACUUUGUGGAAACAUAAUAAAUGGUUUGUAUUGUAGUAACUAUGCUGUUGUGAAGUUGGCAUGUUCUGACACUCAGGUGAACAACAUUUAUGGACUUUUUAACACUGCUUUAUCUGUCUUUGUCCCUCUCUUUCCAAUCCUCUUCUCGUACAUGAGGAUCCUCAGAGUGUGUUUCUCUGGCUCCAAACAGACCAGACAGAAAGCUCUCAGUACCUGCACACCUCACCUUGUUUCCCUCCUCAACUUCUCUUUUGGCUGCAGCUUUGAAAUACUUCAGAGUAGAUUUGAUAUGAGCGGUGUUCCCAGUGCGCUGCGUAUUAUUCUGUUACUGUAUUUUACCAUCAUACAGCCACUAAUGAACCCCGUCAUGUACGGACUGCAAAUGUCCAAACUAAGAAACAUGUGUAAACAUGUGCUCUGUUCUAAAGUGCUGUCUG